AAGAAUUUUAGAAAGAAGAAAUUAAAGCGAAUGAAAUUGAGUGAAAAAGAAGGUAAAUAGAGUGGAUAUAUUGAUGAAUUGUUUUUGAAAGCAAAAAAAAAUGUUUAUUGGAUCAGAUAAAGAAAAUACACCAUGUUCGGAAAAUGAGGGAAUUAGAGAGGAAAAAGUCUCAAAUAAGAAGAAAGUGUUGUUUUCUCCGUUUCCUGAUAAGGGUAUGACGCGUCAUUUUUUAAAUUUUGUUUUUAGUUGAAGGAGUAUUUGCAGAUGGAAAAGAAACAGAGAUUUCAACGCCACAAAAGGGAUUAAAAGGGCCACCAAAGGGUAUUCUUAAGGUUACUCCGUCAUUUCAACAGUUUUAUGUGUCAGGAGAGGAUUCUCAAGUUAAUACGGAUGAUGAAUUAUUAGAAAAGGAGAGUUUUUCAUCAUUUUUAAAAAAUGUUAAAGAAAAUCUUGAAGGAAAUCUUCGCUCUAAAAAGAUUGAAACGUAUCUUAAGCUUUCUAUGUUUCUUCGAUCAUAUGAAACGAUUCCUGAUAAAACUCUUCUUUUUCAAUAUUUUCCUGAACUUAUUCGAUCUAUUAAGAGAGAUUCAGUCUUAAUUAAAUCUUCUGACAUUGGUGGUUAUCAAAUGGCAUCGAAUGCUUUUAAAGUUUUGGGUUAUCUUUUAUCACAACAAGAAAUUUCCAAUAUUUUUAAUUGUAACGAUGCAAAGUUUUUUAUUGAGCAUUCGAUUUCUGUUUUGGAGGAUUUGUCUCUUACUAAGACAUCAGCGGCUUUACAUCUUUGGCUUUUAAGCGUUCAAAAAUUAUCUUCUAAUGUUAUAACUCAGGAAAUAGCUGAUAAAAUCAUUCAUGUUUCUUUAAAAAUAUCUCUUCCUUCUAUAACUAUUACUCAAGAACGAUUAAAUGUUUUAAUUCGAAUUAUGAAUCAGCGUCCUCAAGUGUUUAUUAAUUCUGCUUCUGAAUGGAUCCCAUUUUUGCAUAAUUGUUUAAUUGAUACUAAUAGAGUUAUACGGGAAAAAGCGUUACAGUGUUCUUUCGAUAUAGAAAAGGCUAUGCGUGGUGAAUCUAAAAUUAGUUUAGCUAUUAUAAAUAAUAUGAAGAAAAAAUUUCAAGGAAAGAUGAUUAUAGAUAUAUUUUGUACACGGUUCCAGGAAAUUAUUAAAGAAGAUGGAGAUGGUAUUUUUGUAGCACAUUCAUGGAGUGUUCUUGUUGCUAUUAUAGGCACAUCAAUGCUUUCUAAAUGGAAUAAAUUGAAUGUAUGGCUAAAAAUGAUUCAGCUAUGUUUUAAUCAUAUUGAUGUUUCGACAAAAAUAGCUGCUCAGGUUGCUUGGGUACGUUUUAUACAUGCAUUUACUUUCUCUCCUAAGGUUCAAUCUAUUCCUUUGAAAAAACUUCUAUUAUUAUCUCAGCCAAUGCAAUUAGUUUUGAGUUCAAAGUCUUCUACAUCUCUUUUACUAAAAAAAUCGGCAAUUAAAACGGUAUAUGCAUUAUUAUAUUCCACUUUGCGUCCUGGUAUCUUAAUGAAAGAUAUAACAGUCAUAUGGGAAAAUCUUAUACUGCCAUUAUAUAAUAAAAUGGCUUCGUUGAAUGAAUAUGGCGUACUUAGUGGAAGUAAAAUAAUUGCUUCUUUGCUCGAUAUAGAAAAAGCUAAACCAUGGAGAGAUGAUCGUCUUAUAGAUAAUUCUCCUGUAGAAUUAUCAGAGAUUCCAAGAAUAGAUCCUAAAUGGGUAAGAAAUAAUUCAUCUAUCAUAGCACCUAUUAUUGAAACAAUUUUAAUGUCUACUAUUGUUCCAAAAGAGAUUAAGUUAAUAGUAUGGACGAAUUUUAAUAAAUCUAUUAAUUUUGCUACUAAUAAGGAAAUAAAAAUAUCUUUUGAAACAAUGGAUGCAGUUACAAGAAUUUGUAGAUUAUUAAAGCUUUUUUGGUUUUCGUAUUCUGGGAAAAAAUUAUUGGCAAAAAAAACAGAGCAAGAUUCCGAUGCUCAUGUUGAUUUAUUUGUAGAACUGGUUUCUAUUUCAUUUAAGACAAUAGAUUAUUUGUAUUUUAUUAAUAAACUGUGUAUUAUAAAAAAUGAUGAUUUAAUUCCGGUACAAACAACGGAUUUUGAGGAUUCUUCUACUAGACAAGAUUUAUGUACUCCGAUGGUAUUUCUUUUUAGGCUUUUUCUCACGCCAUUUUCCUGUGCCUUAAUAAAUAAGGCAUAUAUUAAGGCUAUAUCUGAUGUUAUUAAUAUUAACCUGUCAUGGCAUAAAAAUUCUAAAAAACUUGAUAUAUUAGUUGAAUUUUUAUCUGUUUUUGAUUACGCUAAAGAUUUUGAUCUUCAAUUGCAAGUAUGGAAAUUGUUUGUAGACUUUAUUAAAAGUUUUUUUGUUGAAUUCAAGCAAUUUUCACAUACAUCAUCUUUUAAUUAUAUUUUGGAAGGCAAGGAAGUUAUUGAAUAUUCGAAAAGUUUAUUUAAAAUAUUAGAAUGGGGAUUUCGACAAGAAAGUUGCCUUUUAGAAUCAGAAAUGCUAUUCGAUCUUCUUUAUCGGGAAGUUGAAAGCACAUUAGGAAUCACUGAAGCUUCUUGUAAAAUUAUUGAACCUCUUGCAGAGUUGCUUCUUCAGAUAUCUCCUGAAAUUAAUCCAAAUGUUUAUAAUAUUUCUGGAAUUAUAAUGAAAAGAGCCCGGUUUCCUUUUCAUGAUAAUACUUCAAAAAGAAUGAAUUUACAUUUAAAAACUUUAAAAGUCCUUAAAAAAACGACUUCUUUUGAAAGUCUUAAUAUAUUAAUAAGUAAUCUUUUGGCAUUUUCUUAUAAUCAUGAUUUUAACGAAUUUGUUCUUUCUUUUAUUCAAGGAGUUUGUGCUUAUAUGAAAAUAAUUCCUGUUGAUGAAAUUGCACUAAGUUUACAAUGUAUACAAGGAGGACUUUCAUUAUGGAUAUCUGAUGAAAAAGAAAUACUAAAAAGUAAUCAAACUAUCUCUGAUAUAAUUAAGGAAAUAUGGUCUAUUAUUUUAUUAAAGCUGAAAGCUCUCGGUUCUUAUGAAAGCACGUUAUUACAUUCAUUAUCACUUCUUUUGGAAUCAGGGUUUAAAAGUAAAGAUGAUACAAUACUUUUUUCUACGCUUGAAACAUGGAAUGAAACAUUUGCAAAACAAACAAUAUUGGUUUAUCCUCCAGAAAUUGUUAAAAUUAUGAAAUAUAUUUAUAAAAUUUUUAAAAUUUCACUGCCAUCAUUUCCUAUUCCUUUAAAUAAUUUAGAAGAGGAUUUUGCAACAGAUGAUCUACAGUUGGAUUUGGCUACUGUCUCUGAUCUUAAGGAUUCAGCAUCUCAAGAAUUACCCUUGAACUCAUCUUUAGAUAAUGGAUCUAAAAUUAUAGAAAAUAUGAGUCAGGAACAAGAAAAAGAUCAAGAUGCUUUAAAAAAACCUGCAUCUUUGAAACAUCAUAAUUUGCCGUUGUCAUUUGAAAAAACACAAAUUAAUAAGAAAAUAAAAAUACCCUUUGAACCCUCAAUAAUAAUGACUAGAAGGAAAUCAUUAGAAUUAGCACGAGUUACAUGCCAAGAUUCUUUUCAGAAUACAUCAAUGGAUUUAGAUUCUAUAGAAUUGGAAUCUAAGAAAAGUAUGAAACUAUCUAAAGAUUCCUUAUAUCAUAAUUAUAUCCAAGAAAUGGAUUCAUCUAUUCAGAAUUAUAGUAAAAAAAAAGAGCCUUCUCGGAAAUCAUUAUCAACAGAUAAAUAUGAUGAUUUAACUCCUUUGAAUUCUUUUAGAAAGACGUCUAAAAAAUUGGCAUCUAUUAAACAUAAUGAUUCUUUAACGUCUGCUGAAGAUUUUGUAAAAAAUACAACACUUAAAAAGAAUAAAAUGAUUCAAAAUAAAAAUGUCAAGAACCAAAUAGCUUCUUUUAAAAAAAGAAAACAAUUUUCUGAAUCGUUAGAUGACUCUAGUUUGGAUGAUUCUUUUUCUUAUACAAAAAGAUUACGAUCUAGGAGUAUUAAUAGUCAUUCAAAAAUACCUUCAAUUCAUCAACAAGCAUCCUUAAAAACACCUAAUUCUAAUCGUAUACAUACGUCUUCUGUUGCAACUUCAAUGAUUUGCUCGAAAAAAACUGAUCCACUUGUUCAUUUAGAUGAAAUAUUACCUUUAUUAGAAAAUACUAUUCCACAAAUGACUCAUGAAUCAUUAUUAAAACUAGAAUCAAUUUUAUUUCAUUUACAGCAUACUGUAUGGAAAACACGGAAGAAAUCUAUUGCAAAGAUAGUAUAAAAGUAUUUAUUUUUUACAUUUUUAGCUACUUUCGAUUUUCAGUGUGGACUUUUUCAUAUAACUUCUAAAUAUUGAUUUUUUAAGCGUUAUAGGAUGAAGGGCGU